UCCCUCGACUCCUCAGAUUUAUCUUGUUGAGUAUUUUUAUAUUGCUGUACUGGUAGUCUAGUUAAGUAAAUGAUCUGGAUGCUUCUUCCACCACAGCUUUAGAGUUACAACUUCCAGCCCUCUGUUGACAUUUGGUUGUUAUAAAGCCAGCAGUUUAUUUUCUUUACGCUUGAGGUCAGCUGAAUGUCGGACAGGAUCAUGUAGUUUGACGUCUCGUCCCUCCUCUGUGCCUCCAGACACUCAUCAGACAGAAGAUUAGAUGAUUCUUCAGAGCGAGACCAGAUAUGAUUCUGGUUUUGUCCUAGUGCCGAGAUGUCCAAAGGCCACCUGACCUCUGACCCUCGCGCUAUGGAUGUCCAUCUGCAGGCCAACCCUCAGCUCCACUACGGGGUCAACGGUGGCGCCGGACGAAACUCCAGGCCAGGCGAGGAAGAUGCGCUGCUGUUUCUGAGCCAGGAGGAGCAGGAGUGCCUUCAAUUUUUUGAGAAGACCAUCGACUCGUUGGAGGAGAGUCUGGUGGAGGAUGAGCGGAGGCCUGGGCAGGUGAAACCCCCUGCAAACAGCCAUCCUGUUGAAGAGAUCGAUGGACCCCCGACCUCGAGUCCCAAGCCGGGGGAGAUCAUGUCCUCCUUCCAGCCCAAAGACCAGGAUAUUAUAGACUUGGUCCAACCAGAACCGGACCUGGUGCAGACCAAGGGGUCAAUCAUCAGUCCCCCAGAUUUUCAGAGUAUGAUGCAGACCCCUGACAGCCACUUUGAGAUAAAGCCGAGGCGUGAUCCAGUGGACAACUUGCCUUCAGAGUACAACCCUCCCUUACCAAGUGGUAGCUAUGGGCCGACAGACAAUCACUCCUCCUACCACCCUCCAGGUUGUAUCCCCACCCCGGUCCUCAUUGCCCAGAAGAUAGCUGAGAACCAGGUGGGCGGAACCUCUAACUUCAAUCCUUCCUCGCAACUCCGCCGUCGCAGCCUGGAUUCUGAAAAGCCACCAAGCUACAGUGCCGAUCUUCCCAGUAAGCAUGGUCCUCCUACCUCUGCCAAGCCUACCCGAUUCCCUGCAAACAUCAGUGUGAUACAUGGCAGCAAAGAGCACCAGAACCAGUUGCUGGCUAAUGUGAACAUCCAUGAGAGGCGAGCACAGAUGUUGGCAAACCUAUCGGGAACAUCACACCCUCUGCUGCAGGAUGAUCCUCAGCAGGCUGCAGAGCAGAAGGCUCGAAAUAUUCCCACUCGCAGCGUUUCCUUCAGGGACCCCACACCAGAUAAAUCCAGGAUGGAGGCCCUGUCCAAGCUGGGCCUGAGCAGGAACCGAGCCAUGUCCGGGGGUACGUCGCUCCUGGGCAUCUCUGACAGCACCUCACUGGAACCACUCACAGGUGCAGUGCCAGCCAGUGCCAAACCUCUAGAGGCCAGUGGUCCCCAACCAACAGACACCAGCACCAAAUUGCCAGAAGCCAAAGUCACAACACCACCUCAGAGCCAGAUUCAUGUUGACAGAAAACCAGAGAUUCUACGGACAGAUUCUCUCAAGAACCAUGAAGAUAGAAAUCCCCAACCAAGCCCCCCGCCUCCAGCAGUCACACAGAGCAGCUACUAUCCACCUCCUUUUGAAGACAAGGCAUCCUUCCCCCCUCCGCCUGAGGUCACCUCGUUGGAAUUUAACAGCUACGGAGGGAAAUCCAUCGUUGUAAACCCUUCUGUUUCCUCCAGGAGCGAACCUGCAACCUCGCCAACUAGCCAUGAACCCAAAAUCCUCCCACCUGCUAUGGCUAACCCCAGCGAGUUCAACCUUUACGGAGGAAAGACCAAAAUCAUGACCCCUGCUCCUCCGGCCGUGACCCGGAGCGACCUUCCUGACAUCCUCAGCUCCCAUAUCAGCAAGAGUCAAACCUUGCCCGCCAAAUCAGAUCCGCUACCCACUGAGCUUAACAGUUAUGGAGGAAAGAGCCGAACCAUCAACCCUUCCACCGGGCUAAAUCACCCUUCACACAGUCCGGCAAGGACUUCGAAAGCUCCAGCCCCGACCCCAGCCCCGAGACCUCGUCGGCAUUCUGACUACGGGGCUGUAACUGCCCAGAAAGCAACGUCGCGAGGCUUGUCCCCUGAUCACAAGCGGAGGACCAGCUACAUGUUUCGUCCCCAAGGCAUCACCGUGCAGUUUUCUGGACGGGGGGCAACGGACGAAUCGCGCAGGGAGGCGUUGAGGAAACUGGGGCUGCUGAAAGAGUCUUGAUAAACUCUGGAAAUGUAUUCUUCAGUAUCCACCUGUCAAGCCUGAAUCUCUUGUGUGUGCCUGCCGGUGGAAGUGGUAUGCUAGACAUUUCCCAUGUGUGAGGUGUGGUUAAAGAGACACCUGCUUUUACAGAGGAAUACGAUAGACCUGCACAGCCAGUUCUCACUUCCUGGUCAUAAAAAAACAAAUAAAUAUGUUAGUGCAGCUGCUGAUCACUCGACACUGUCUCAAUGACAAAAGUCUUGACAGAUGAACUGCUACACCUUAAAGAAUAAGGCUGGACAUAUCAACAGAGAUUGUCAACAAAUCCCAUGAAAAGACUAAAAUCUCUUGACACUUUCUGACUUUCCUACCCUGUCGGUGGCUCUCCCAAGCCCACCGGUUCCUACUGAAGAUAUACUACCUACUGUAGAUCAGUACAAUCAGUGUGGCCAAGCUUUUGACUGGUACUGUAUACAAUCUCAUCUUAAAAAAAGGCUCAGUAACUUCCUAAACCAGCUGGUCACUGUGGUUUUUAGCAAACAUUACUCAAAGAGGAAGAAAUAGUGCAUUUGUUGGGCACUAUUUUCAACCAUGGAUUAAUACACGUUUGGCUUACGUGAUUGAGUCAAAAUAAACUGCAGGGGGACUAAGAUACUCCUCGCCUUAAGAUGCUCUUUGGGAAGGGGGCCCUGAUUAAACCUUAAAUAGAUUUUUAGUGGUAUUUUAUAUUUUGCUUUUAUGUAAAAAAAAAUUAAGGCUGCCAGUCAUUAGCAACCAGUCAAAGCCAACAACUUAACUUGUGCCCCCGAACCUCCAAGGCCCCAAAAGCCCCAAGUAUGUUAUGUGGCAGCUAGUUUGUGGUAAUUUUGUGACAAAUUUGUUUGGUUUUAUGCAAAAGCACAAUAUAAAUUGAAAUGAUAAGGGAUUUAAGGUUCCUCCUUAAUUUUUAUCCUUUAUCCUUAUCUCGUGGCAAGGCCCUGAGUCAAAAUCUAAUUUUAAUACCAUUAUUACUUUAAAAUAAAUGUAAUCAAAUUGCCAGAAACUAUCUGACACACUGCAAACUUGGGGCAGGUUAGUAGUACGGAAUAGGAUUGUUUUGGGGGCUCUGGGUAAUUUAUGGCAAUAUAUGGCCAUGUGUAGUCGGUGGAUCAAUGCAAAGAGAGUGGGGGAUGCCGGGGGGGGGGGGGGGGAGUCAGUAGG